GAAUAAAGGUAAUGAUUAAUCCAUCAGGCACAAAAAGGAUUGUUUUGGGAAUUUCAGGUUCUAAUUCGUCAUUUCAAAUAAACAGCAGCAAACGGUGGAUAAUGAUUUCACCACAACAGGAUUAGAGCCACAGGCUCUAAUUGGAACUGGAUUUAGACACCCAGUGAAUCUCGUGAGUAGCUGGAAGCACCUCCAGGAAUCAGUGAGUAGCUGUCAAAACUUCUAUUUCAUAUGCCAUUGAAGUAGGGAGGUAUAGCAGAAAACAGUGGUCCUUGGAGAAGACCCAAGAUGCAGCCUGAGAUGGAACAAAAGAAAAAAAGCUUGAAGCAGAGACUGGUCUUGAAGAACAGCUUAGCUAAAGAAAUGCUCUCCGAGUUCUUGGGCACGUUUAUAAUGAUUGUUCUUGGAUGUGGCUCUGUUGCCCAAGCUGUCCUCAGUCGAGGACAUUUUGGAGGAAUCCUCACUAUCAAUAUUGGAUUUCCAAUGGCAGUUGUAAUGGCAAUUUAUGCGACUGGAGGUGUCUCUGGUGGCCACAUCAACCCAGCCGUGUCUUUUGCCUUAUGUCUUUUUGGACGGAUGAAGUGGUUCAAAUUGCCCUUUUAUAUGGGAGCCCAGUUCUUGGGAGCCUUUGCAGGGGCUGCAACCCUCUUUGGCAUUUACUAUGAUGCACUUAUGUCUUUUGCUGAUGGAAAACUGCUCAUCACAGGAGAAAACGCAACAGCACAGAUUUUUGCAACAUACCCAGCUCCAUAUUUGUCUCUGAUAAAUGCAUUUGCAGACCAGGUAGUGGCCACCAUGUUCCUCCUUAUUAUAGUCUUUGCUGUUUUUGAUUCAAGAAACUUAGGAGUCCCCAGAGGCCUACAGCCCAUUGUCAUUGGCCUCCUGAUUGUUGUCAUUGCUUCCUCUCUGGGGAUGAACAGUGGCUGUGCCAUGAACCCAGCUCGAGACCUGAGUCCCAGACUUUUCACUGCUUUGGCAGGAUGGGGGUUUGAGGUCUUCACAGCUGGAAAUAACUUCUGGUGGAUUCCUGUAGUGGGCCCUUUGGUUGGAGGUGCUAUUGGAGGCCUUGUCUAUGUUCUCUUCAUUGAAAUUCACCACUCAUAUCCUAACCCACACUUUGAGGUCGAACAAUCGGAGGACAAACCAGAGAAAUAUGAACUUAAUGUGAUAAUGUAAUAGCAUGCUCAGUUCCAGGUUUAUACAAUUGGCUUCCUAUAGGGCUUGGCAUUUCACAAGGCACUUUCACACACAUUAUCUGAUUUAAUCUCCAUAGUACUAUCUGGGGUAAAUACCAUGCUGCUUAUCUUUCAGAUAAGGGAACAAAAUCUCAGCAAAGUUAAAUGAGUUGCCUAAGGUCACAUGGAAAGUUGGACAUUAUCAAAUACAUCCUACACCUUUCAGAAGAUCAAUAACUGGAUUAAAACUUUGGCCAGCCCCUCUUGGGUGGCCAGAAGUGGGAUUGGCAGCUGCCAGAAAGCAUACACCUACACCUUCUGAGCAUCAUUCUUCUGGAUCCUGGGUUAUGAAGACAUUUACUGUCUGGUUUUAUCCCCACUGUUAUUGAAGCCCUAACAAAGGAAAGAGGUAGCCAUUGCAUCAUAUUUUUCAUGUGCUAAAGAACAUUAUCAAAAAGCCUCCCUUCUGAGGCCACCCUUAGUGUUGCUAAGCCUUGAUCUUCCUGCCAAUCGCAAACAUUAUACAUUUCAGGAAUUUCUUCUUGGUCAGGCCCCUCCCUGUCACUUUGGUCAAAAGAGCCUAUGAACCACAAGCACCAGAGAAACUGCUCUACAUCCAGUGAAUGCACCUUCACUCAAACUGUUACAAAGCUCAGAAUCCCCAAAGCUUUCUUGUUUCUCAACUGCUUUGUGAUGAUAACAGAAACACAAAAGGCAAAUGUGAAAUGUCUUUAGAGGCCUAUGUUUUGGCAUAGACUGACAUAUGGAAUUUUUUUUUCUUGCUUUGAAACUACUUGAUAUUUCUUAUUUGAAAUAAAUUUGGGAUGAGG